UUCAAGUCGUCUACAAUCGAGUUCUACUACAAAAAUGCUCUCCCAUAUCGCUUGCUCUUGCCUUUUGGUUGUGCCAAUCACAUAAAGAAAUUCAGAUUCUGAUUUCCAAAAUCAGGGUUUUAAUUUCUUCAUUCGAUCGUUCAAUCACUUCCUUUUCUUUCUUUCUUUUUUUUUGUUUUCCAAUUUAGAGGAGUUAAUAAACCUCCCAAAUUUGGGGAGGACGACGAAUAAUGGGCGGUGAUGGUGCUGCGAUCGACGCGAACGAAUCCAAUGGCGGCGAUGGAGUCACUAUCCACAUCCGAUGCUCCAACAAUUCCAGGUUCUCGGUGCAAAUCAGACUCAACUCCACCGUUGAAUCGUUCAAGUCGGUCAUUGCCCAGAAUUGCGAUAUCCCCGCCCAACAGCAGCGUUUGAUUUACAAAGGCCGGAUCUUGAAGGACGACCAAACCCUAGAAAGCUAUGGUUUAGAGGCAGAUCACACUGUCCAUUUGGUUCGUGGUUUUGCUUCAGCUGCAUCAGCCAACACUACUGGUGUAGCUGUUACCAACACUGGAGGUUCAGAUACUGCUCCAGAUGUUGCAAGGAGUGUUGGUUCUGAUGAAAGUGGUGCACUCGGAGGAUCUGGUCUUGGAACCUCACUAUUUCCUGGACUUGGUUUGAAUGAACCAGGCAGAAGUGUUGGUCUGUUUGGAGCUGGACUUCCAGAAUUUGAACAUUUGCAGCAAGAGUUGACUCAAAACCCUGACAUGAUGAGAGACAUCAUGAACACACCUCUUGUUCAGAACCUAAUGAAUAAUCCAGAUAUCAUGCGCAACUUGAUUUCAAACAAUCCUCAGAUGCGUGAAAUUGUUGAUCGAAAUCCGGAGCUAGGCCACAUACUCAAUGACCCUAGCACUCUCCGACAAACAAUGGAGGCUGCAAGAAACCCUGAACUUAUGCGUGAGAUGAUGCGCAAUACUGACAGAGCGAUGAGCAAUAUUGAAUCUACUCCUGAGGGAUUCAACAUGCUCAGGCGCAUGUAUGAAAACGUUCAAGAGCCAUUUCUGAAUGCAACAUCAGCAACUGGGGAUACUACAAAUGAGUUAGGCUCAAACCCAUUUGCAGCUCUUUUGGGGACCCAAGGUGGGGACCAUGGUGGAGAUCAGUCGACUAACCCUACAAUCGCUGGUUCUGAAACAGCUAAUAAUUCUCCUGCUCCAAAUACCAAUCCACUUCCCAACCCUUGGGCCUCUGCUGGUGCUGGAGGUGCCCAAGCAAACAAUACUACUAGAUCUAAUCCUGCUGGGGAUGCUGCAUCUCCAGCACUUGGUGGGUUAGGUGGACUUGGUCUCCCAAACAUGUUAGGUGCCAUGCAGGAUCCCUCUUCAUUGAAUCAGUUUAUGCAAAGCCCAGCUGUAUCACAGAUGAUGCAGUCUUUCCUCUCCAACCCUCAGUACAUGAACCAGAUUAUUGGUUUCAAUCCCCAGCUGCGCAGCAUGCUUGAUACCAAUCCCCAACUUAGAGAGAUGAUGCAAAACCCAGAAUUUUUUCGCCAGUUAACUUCCCCCGAGACAAUGCAGCAACUUUUGACUUUACAGCAAUCUAUGUUUUCUCAACCUGGUCGGCAGCAGUCAACCCAGGAACCAGGCCAAACUGGUGGAGCAACAGUAGGAACGCUUGACAAUAUGGGGUUGGAGAUGUUGAUGAACAUGUUUGGUGGACUUGGGACGGGGAACAUUGCUGUUCCGAACAGAUCUGAUGUACCACCAGAGGAAUUGUAUGCCACUCAGCUUUUGCAGCUACAAGAAAUGGGUUUCUUUGACACUCAAGAGAAUAUACGGGCACUGACUGCUGCUGCAGGGAAUGUUCACACAGCGGUGGAGCGGCUUUUGGGGAACCAGGGACAGUAAAUUUUUAUUAGUGCUAGCAUUCUGUUCGAUACGACUAUAUUGUCAGUUCGGGAAGGAAAAAAAUUUUCAGUCUGGACCUGAGCCAUAUUCAAUUCUCAUUUUUGAAUAUGAACAAGUUCAAAUUGUUAUAUAGAGCUGUGAACUCGAUAUAGGAUAUCCGUUUGGAUCUCUCUCUCUAUAUCAUCAUAAAUCUAUUUAUAUAUCUAUCUACUUCUCUCGCAAACAAGAAGGGAAGGUCAAAAGAUUUGGGUGCCAUUGUACGGGAGAGAUUACCAGAUUUGAGUGCCUUGUACAUAUGCUAUUAAAUUAUUUACCAUAAAUCAUCAUAAUACAUUUUAUUCUUUUUUUUU